AUGACUUUGCUGUUGCUAUAUUCGCAAGUGAUCCAGGCAUUUUGUGUAUACAAUAAAAUGGAAGGUGAAGGUGUUAAUUUGUUAGCAUUCAAUUUAUUUGUAAACGCCCUACCAUUUCAAAUAUUUAGAAAAGAAAUCGGCCAAGGUGAAAAAGAGUGCUGUCCAUAUAAAAAUUCUGAUUGUGUUGCAGGUAGUCGGCGUGAUUCUCAAAUAGAACUACAUGUAGGCAUACUUAGAUUUGCUUUUGAUAAGACCAGCAUAAAAGAAAACAAAAGAAUGUACAUCACUCGCUGUGAAGGAGGUGCAGCUAUCGUUUUGACAGGAUCAAAUUUUGACAAUAUAGAAUGUACUUGUUAUAAAGCAAACGGAGAUAUUACACGAGAUAAAAUGGUUAAUUGGAUCACCGUAAUGUCAUAG